AGCUUCUAUCCAGUGAGCCCUGGCGAGCAGACGAAGGAGGUAUGCCAUAAAGGAGCUUCCAGGGUUCUCGGAACUUGGGAAGAAAAGCUCAAUGGAUUUUGUUAUGCACAACCGAGAGGGCAAGAGGGCAGCAUCCAUCCUGCUCUUUGGUGAUGUGACAAACUGUGGUGAACUCCGGCAGCUGGUGCUAAGUGGAAGCCUGCAAGUGUGCCUCAUCAGGGCAUCUCUUGUGGCAGACAUUUUCCAAGUGCAGUGUGCAGUGGCAAAGGCAUUGGCAAAUUACUCCAGUGGGCGCAUGAAAACAAGAAGCUUGCUCUCCGAGAUUCUCUAUGUUCUGGGGCCCACCGGCAGCAUUGGCGACUCAUUACGCCAGAUAGGUGCGCAAGACACAGACUCAACAAUUGUUGUUGUGCGCCUUGAUGACCCAGGAGACAGCCACCUGAAAACACUCACGGAACGCAUCAAGGGCCGUCAGCUGCCCUUGGACAGCAUUCCACAGUUCACCGACUCUCAGGCACUUACAAAACUUUUCAAGGUGACUGAGAAGGAACUCACCGUGGGCAGCUUAGUGGAUGCCAUAGUGACACGAAUUGCUCUAAAGGAUACAGUGUAGGGGUCAGUUUAAUAAAGUAUAUAUAGUGUACAUUUCAAGAAACAAGCAACUUGCAAUUGCAGAUUUCUUUUUUUUUUUUUUUUUGAAAACAAA